UCCCUACCGAACAAAACACACAAAUUGCCAACUAUCAAGAAGUACUUCCAGAUAUGCUUAAUGAUGUUGGUGAUAUUAUUAAAAGAUUUGGUACAACGGAAGGGUCCAAUUGGUUUAUUAAAGCUAUUGAAUAUCACCUGGAAAAAUCGGCAUGUAAUAUUCUCCAACUUACCACAUUGACCUAUGACCAAUAUAUCAAAUCGAAAAAUAUUUCUACACAAAAUCACCAGUUGGCUUAUAUAAUGGGCUAUUGCACCGAGUUUAUGAAUAUUAGUGUGUUAAUGCUUGACGAUAUAAUGGAUGAUGGCGCCUAUCGGAGAGGUCAUUCAACGUGGUAUAAAAUGCACGGAAUCGGAUUGGCAAUUAAUGAUGCUUUCAUGAUUGAACAUUCAGUUUACAUGUUGCUUAAACAUUAUUUUGGACAUUUACCGUUUUAUCGACAAAUAUUGGAAACUUUUCACGAAACUGUAUUCGUAGCCGCGUGUAUACAAAGUUUAGACUUGAUAUAUGCUAAAAAUCCCGUUAACACUUUUAAUAUGGAAACCUAUAGGAUUAUGGCAGCUAAUAAGGUGGCAUAUGAUCAUUUUUACUUGCCAUUUGCAACGGCGUUAUAUUUGGCUGGUUUUUCAGACAAAACUAUCCUCAAUCAAUCGAAGAACAUUCUGAGAGAGGUCGGUACAUUUUACCAAAUAAAAAAUGAUUAUCUGGAUUGUUAUGGCACUUUAGAUACGUUUGGAAAAAUAGGAACCGAUAUACAGGACAAUAAAUAUUCAUGGUUGGUAGUUGCAGCAAUGGAACUCGCAAAUGAACAGCAACAACAAAUCAUCAAUGAAUGUUAUGGCAAAAAAGAUCCGGAAAAAAUUCAAGAAAUUAAAAAUCUCUACUCAACGUUGGACCUUCACAGCGUGUAUGCAGUCGCAUUAGAAGAGUCAUACCAAAAAACAAAAUCACAAAUAUAUGACAUUCCCGAUAAGACCAUACAAGAAAUCUUAUUAAAGAUAGCAACUAGAGUAUAUUGUAGCGAAAUGUGAAAAUGUUUUGAUAAUUCAAAAAUAAAAAAACAUAACGUCCUGCAUUUGCACCUGAAAUGAUAAGUUAAAAUUGUCAAAUCCAUUCAAUAUGUCACAAAAACGACAAAUGUCAAAAAAUGUGUGUCAGACGUCUAAACAAAUAAAUGUUGUUUACUUGUGAGUUUCAUUGCUCAUUAACUUGA